UCGACAGAGCUCACACGCCAGCUCUAGCACUACUACACGCUCCGCCGACGAGCUCACCCGCUUGCCCGACCCAUCUGCGCCGUCCCUGCGCCUCCCUCGUCCUCAUCGUCGAACCGGCGUCAGCUCCCUCGUCCACCCCCGCAAGAGCCUCAAGCGCCCAGAAGCAGUACAAGAACGUGAUCGUCAUGUCGCGCCUCAACUACAACAAGUGGGACAACCUCCAGCUGUCCGAUGACUCGGACAUCGAGGUGCACCCGAACGUGGACAAGAAGUCGAUGAUCCGGUGGAAGCAGCGCGACAUCCACGAGAAGCGCGAGCAGCGCAAGCUCAAGCUCAAGCAGUUCGAGACCGAGGUCCCGAUGAACGCGUCGCUCAUCUCGCGCAUGGACUCGCUCAUCGCGUCGACCCAGGCCGACGGCGCCCAGUUCGUCUCGAACGAGGUGCAGCGCCUCAAGGCCGCGCUCCCGUACCAGUACGAGGCCAAGAAGUAUGCCGAGGGCGAGCAGCCGAGCGAGGACCACAUGAUCGUGUCGCUCCUGAGCCAGGUCAUCAACGAGGCGCACAAGAAGGAGCAGCAGGCGGCCAAGGGCGACGAGGGCCGCGACGCACGGCUCGUCGCCGAGCUCGAGUGGCACAAGAAGCGCCUGCUUGACCGCCAGGUCGAGAUCGAGAAGGAGAAGGUCGAGAUCGCCAACGAGCAGAAGAAGUGGAUCACGAGCGACGACAUGCACCUCGGCUGGGACAGCAAGACGAUGGUCUCGAGCGCGCCGACAGCUCAACCCGUCUCGGCACCUCCUGCCGCGUCGUCGUCGUCGAAGCCUCGGCAGACCAAGACCGAGACGGUUGUCGAGACGCUCAACUCGCCGGGAGUGCAGGCUGCUGCACAAGCCGAGGACUCGGGCAACUCGUCUGACGACGCCGACGUGCCCGCCCUGACCGACUCGGCGCUCGCCUUCUCCAAGCUCGCGCCGCUCGACUGGGACCGCGUCAAACAGGCCAUCUCGUCCGACCCGACGCUCCUGACCGAGGAGACGGGCGACGCCCUCAUGGUCGAGGCGUUCACGCAGGCGAUGAAGGGCACCAGGGCGGGCGAGCAGCGCGCGCAGAACUGCAUCGAGAAGGCGCUCAUCGGGCAGUACUGCCGCAGCUUGGGUCGCGACGGCACGGCGCUGUUCUUCCAGCGCAUGGUCAACGCCAACCACCAGGCGCUGCGCAUCUUCCUCGACGACGUGCACAAGACGACGCAGCGCAUCGUCGAGCGCGCCAAGGUCGUCGCUGCCGAGCGUGCGUCCAAGGCGGCGUCAGGCGAGGAAGGUGUCGAGCAGAUCCAGCUCGUUGCGUCGUCGCCCGACGUGACCAUCUCGUUCGAGGUGCCCGACGGCCCGCCGCCCGAGACGCUCGAGAUCACGGGCGAGGGCGCCGACGAGCUCGACCCGGUCCUCGUGCGCGAGUUUCUCCAGAAGCGGUGGGACAUCUUCGAGUCGUUCCCCAAGAACCUCAAGGCGGCGCUCGCCGAAAAGAGCCUCGACAAGGUCAACAAGGUGCUCGGGCGCAUGAGCGUCGAGGCGGCCGAGGAGGUCGUCGAGCAGCUGCAGGAGGCGGGCAUCCUCAGCUUUGAGCAGCCGGGCGUCAUCGACAAGACGGGGCGAGGCGAGCAGGGGCCGGCGGCGGAGGAGGGUGCGGCAGAAGCGGCGGCGUCGGGGUCGGGUGCGGCGGCAGAAGGGGCGGCGCCGGUGAGGGAGGCCGAGGGGCUCAACCUCGACGACGACCUUGACUAGCCGGCGCGUCGCAAUGCAUUGGCUGUUGAACGUC